AUGCCUUGGGUCCCUGCAAAAAACGGUGAAGUUCCUCAAGGUGCGGACUAUGCAGGCUUCACUAAAUUGGGCGAAAGGAUUUACAUAGCCAGGGCAGAGCACCAAGGUGCUUUGUUACCAGGAAAAGUUAUAAUUUCUAAAGGCUGCGCAUUUGUCCCUUGGGGUGGCUUGGAACACCAAAAAAAGGAAUAUGAGGUUUUGGUUGACGGUCCUAAAAAUUGGGUACCUUACAAGGGCCCUAAAAUCCCCUUAAAAUCAUUCCCCGGAGGGAAGACAGAAAGUCAUGAGGUUCUAUUCAUCGGCAGAAUUACUUACCAAGAAGAAACUACACCGGGAAAAGUUCAAGUGUCACAUAAUGUACUAUAUAUACCUUUGGAGGGAAAAGAAGUAGCUUUUAAAGAUAAUUUCGAAAUAUUGUGUAUCAUGUCGUGGGUUAAAGCUGCGAAUGGCCACGCGCCGGCAAAUUCUUUGGUAGCUGGUCAUGAUGUUACUGGUGAGCCUAUAUACGUCAUCAGAGCUGAACACGAGGGAGACCUCAUUCCUGGAAAACUUGUCUCCUCCCACAGAGGAGCAUUCCUACCCUGGGGCGGUAAGGAAAUUACUAAGACGGAAUACGAGGUGCUAGUUAAGAGUACUAACCAAUGGGUACCAGAGCGAAGUGGUAAUGUCCCAGCUAAAGCUCUUAAAGCAGGCAAAACUAAGAGUGGGGAUACUUUAUAUAUAGGCAGAGUUCAUUACUUGAAAUCAAUCACACCAGGAAAAGUUCACCCCUCAAAUAAAGCGUGUUAUAUAUCCUACGAUGGAAAAGAAUUAAGCUUUCCCGGUUAUGAAGUGCUUUUGGAAAAUUGA